UGCAAGAAAGAAAUGAAGGAGGGAGCUCAAGGAGGGGAUCUGGACUCCACUUACCAACUCUCUAUUUAACCAGACUUGGCUCAACAAUAUUUUUAUGUAAUUUCCAUGUACAAGCCCUUCACUCCUUCACUUCAAUGGAAUCUCAAUCCCACCAAUACCCACUUCCUCAAACCACCCAAACCCUGCCACCGGCCACCUCCGGACCACCCUCAUCAAGUUUUCUGGCCACUGUCGAAAAAUUGAAAAACAAUUUGGCCUUUAGGUCAAAAUGGGCUGAAUUGAAUGGUGCAAUGGGGGAUUUGGGCACAUACAUUCCAAUAGUGUUGGCCAUGACGCUAUCAAAAAACUUAGACCUUGGCACCACACUAAUUUUCAAUGGGGCCUACAACAUUGUCACUGGUGCCAUAUAUGGUGUCCCAAUGCCUGUCCAACCCAUGAAAUCAAUAGCUGCAGUGGCAAUAUCAAACCCUAAUUUCGGUGUCCCGGAGGCGAUGGCGGCUGGGAUUUUGACCGCGGCGAUCCUUUUUGUGUUGGGUGUGACAGGGUUGAUGCAAUUUGUGUACAAGUUAAUACCACUCUCUAUUGUUAGGGGGAUUCAACUAGCACAAGGCUUGUCAUUUGCUAUGACUGCUGUUAAGUACAUUAGGAAUGAACAAAAUUUUGCUAAGUCCAAGGCUAGUGGGGAGAGGCAUUGGCUAGGGCUUGAUGGGUUGGUUUUGGCCUUAAUUUGUGCUUGUUUCAUUAUACUUGUCAAUGGUAGUGGUGAUGAUGAAAAUGAGGAGAGAGAAACUAAUGGUGGUGUUGAUGAUCAAGAGAGCGUUGGAAAGAGGAAGCGAUUGAGGCAAAUUGUAGCCUCUUUGCCUUCUGCUUUUAUUAUAUUUUUGUUGGGGGUGGUAUUGGCAAUCAUAAGAGGGCCUAAAGUGGUUAAAUUGUUGAGAUUUGGGCCAUCUUCUAUAAAAGUAGUGAAAAUUUCCAAAAGUGCUUGGAAAGAAGGGUUUCUCAAGGGGACAAUCCCGCAAUUACCCUUGUCUGUCUUAAACUCGGUGAUCGCCGUGUGUAAGUUGUCAUCAGAUCUCUUUCCAGAAAAGGAUUUCACGGCGACGUCAGUGUCGAUGACAGUUGGAGCGAUGAACUUGGUUGGGUGUUGGUUUGGGGCCAUGCCAUGUUGCCAUGGGGCGGGCGGGCUAGCCGGGCAGUACAAGUUUGGGGGGAGGAGUGGAGGGUGUGUGGCCCUUUUGGGUGCAGCCAAGUUGGGCUUGGGUUUGGUUUUUGGGACCUCUUUGGUGAAGGUUUUGGGCCAGUUUCCAGUUGGGGUUUUGGGGGUUUUGCUUUUGUUUGCUGGGUUAGAACUAGCAAUGUGUUCAAGAGACAUGGGGUCCAAGGAAGAGUCAUUUGUGAUGAUUUUGUGCACAGCUGUUUCACUUGUUGGGUCAAGUGCUGGAUUGGGAUUUGUGUGUGGGAUUGUUGCACAUUUGCUUCUUAGGUUGAGGAAAUUGGAUCAAUAUCAAUCUUGUUCCAUGGUAUGGAUCCAUGAACACCCAUAGUAAAUAUGUAUAUGGAGGUGGAUGUUUUUUAUUUUUAGUGUGUGAAUUAUCUUUGUUUUUUUAGUUGUCGAUGUUUUCUGAUCUUUUUAAAUUGUGUUUGAAUUAAGAACUUGUGAAAAGAAAGAAAAGGGAAAUUGAAAUAUAUUUAGUUUCUACUUCCUUCACUUUUUCA